AUGUUUACAUUCGCUUACAUCCCAAUUAUCGUUUUUUCAGCACUUAUUUCGACUUCCCUCGGGAAGGAACUUACCACGGUGAAGCUUUCGAACCCUUCAGUAGUUGCUGCUUCAGGUUCCAACUCCUUUCCUCACCAAGGUUGGAUUGCUUCACUUGACUGGGCCUUUGAAGACACUUCAAAUGCAAAGACAGGGGAUUAUUUCACUAUCACAAUGCCCCAUGUCUACAAGGUUAAGUUUAACGAGGGGGACACCUCAUUUAAGGUAAACUUGGAUGAUAACACCGAAGUUUUUGAAUGCUAUGCUCCCCAGCAAGCUGCAUAUAAAUACGAGGACACAAUACUCAAAUGCUAUGCUGUAACUGAUAUUUCUGCUUAUGAAUCUAUAUCGGGUUCUCUUACCGCGACGUUGGUUCUCUCUAACGGCGGUUCUGCAUAUCCACCAGAGCUUUCUAAUGCGAACUAUUUUUCAUCUGGAGAGAAUACAUUGUAUUUUAACGAUAUUGAAGCAUCUUUUCAAGCCAAUGCCAAAUCUGAAACCAAUGACUUCUAUUUUUCGGGUCGUUCUACUGCUUAUCAAUCCCUGGAAUCGUACUUCUUAGGUUUUAAUUGCCCAAAUGGUUAUAUUACUGGUGCAUCCCAGCAGAUAAUUUAUGAUGUUAGUAAUGAGGGAUACGGCAUCGACUGCUCAGCAAUUCAGGUUUAUCAAUCGAAAAAUUUUAAUGAUUGGAUAUUUCCCAUCGACUAUGAGACAUUGGAUGGUUCCGUUUCAUGUGGAGAGAACUCUGUAGAAAUAACUGUCGAAGAACUUAAACCGGAUUAUCGUAUUUGGGUAAAUGCGUUGCAAAAUCUUGAUAGUGAGGUUGCAACAGUAAGAAAUUCAAUCUUUUUUGAUUAUACUUGCACCAACACCGUUGAAAAUUCAACAUACAGGACUACUACCCAUUACGAACCAGUUUACGUAAUAACUGAAGCCAUCUACUCUGGAGUUGCUUUCACGACUGUAGAUGCUGAGGGACAAGAGACGACUCUAACAUCUACCAUCAGCUGUUCGAGAUGCGAGGAAACGUCUUCAACUGAAUCCACCAGUGAGGUAUCGUCAGAAUCUACUACAGAAUCUACUACAGAAUCUACUACCGAGAUCACCACUGAACCUUCUUCUGAAUCUAGUUCCGAAAUUACAACUGAACCAACUUCCGAAGUUACUACCGACCGUACGACUCUAACGUCCACUGUCAAUUGUUCUGAAUGCGAGGAAACCUCUACUACUGAGACGCCCAGUGUGGUGACAUCAGAGUCAACAAUAGAGUCAACAACACACUCGAUAACAGACUCUACGGUAGAAAGCACUACUGAUACCACACCCGAGAGCUCCACCGAGGUAUCCUUUGAAUCAACACCGGUGAGUACCAAUGAGCUCACAACAGAGACUUCUUUUGAAUAUACUACAGAAAGUACAAUCGAAUCAUCUUCUGAAUCUACCAGUGACUUCACAACCGAAAGCUCCACCGAACUCAGUUCUGAAUCCAGUACGGAAUCUUCGACGGAAUCCUCUUCCGUGCCAAGCACAGUACCAACUACAUCACCUUAUACUGAGUCAAGCUCUGAAUCUACGACGGAGUCUGACAUUUCCACUGAAAUAACUUCAGAGCAACCUUCAGAAACGUCAUCUGAGACCUUUUCAGAAUUCUCAUCAACCACUGAUGUUGAAAGUUCACCGGGAACAACCACAACCGCCACAAGUACGGAAAUUUCAUCUUCGGUCAGCACCGUAUGCACCGAAUGCUCGGAGGAUACAACUUCACUUGAUAUUUCGACAGAAACCUUUGACUCAAGUACAGAAGGUAGCACAACUUUGGAAACGUCAUCUACAGAGACUACGCUUGAGACCAGAUUAUUUAGUUCUGAUGUUGAAACAUCAGAACUGGUAGUGGAAACGGACAGUUCAGAGAUCACAAUUGAAACUGAGACGUUGGUUUCCGAUUCAACAACAGCAGUUAACACAACUGAGAGCUCUAGUGUACCUCCUACGCACUCCACCGACACAUCAAUUACCACAGAUACUAUCGAAGAAACAGAAGGGACAUCUGCUGAAGUAUUAACUUCCGCACCAAUUUUCUCGGGAACCAUUGAACCAAAAGGGUCCACGGACACUCCGCAAGGAACAGCAUCGAUCACUUCAAACACUUUCCCUGCCAUAAGAACUUUUUCAAUUCCAUCUAACUUCCAAAAACCACCGCCAUCUUCAUCCACAACAUCUCUAUUGACAUUCCAAGGGCACGGAAAUCACGUUGGAAGAUCAACACUCGCUGGCUUGUUGCCCAUUUUAAUUUCAUAUAUUUUCCUCUAG